AUGUCACACAAAACUAAACUCUCUGUGUCACACAAAACUAAACUCUCUAUGUCACACAAAGCCCAAUUCUUUAUGUCACACAAAGCCAACUCUCUAUGUCACACAAACCCAACUCUCUAUGUCACACAAAACCCAACUCACUAUGUCACACAAAGCCCAACUCUCUAUGUCACACAAACCCAGUUCUUUAUGUCAAAAACCCAACUCUCUAUGUCACACAAAACCCAACUCACUAUGUCACACAAAGCCCAACUCACUAUGUCACACAAACACAACUCACUAUGUCACACAAAGCCCAACUCUCUAUGUUACACAAAACCCAACUCACUAUGUCACACAAAGCCCAACUCUCUAUGUCACACAAAGCCCAACUCUCUAUGUCACACAAAGCCCAACUCUAUGUCACACAAAGCCCAACUCUCUUUGUUACACAAAGCCCAACUCUCUUUGUCACACAAAGCCCGACUCUCUGUGUCGCACAAAGCCCAACUCUCUAUGUCACACAAACCCAGCUCUUUGUCACACAAAGCCCAACUCUAUGUCACACAAAGCCCAACUCUAUGUCACACAAAGCCCAACUCUCUAUGUAACACAAAGCCCAACUCUCUUUGUUACACAAAGCCCAACUCUCUUUGUUACACAAAGCCCAACUCUCUAUGUCACACAAAGCCCGACUCUCUAUGUCACACAAACCCAGCUCUUUGUCACACAAAGCCCAACUCUAUGUCACACAAAGCCCAACUCUCUAUGUCACACAAAGCCCGACUCUCUGUGUCGCACAAAGCCCAACUCUCUUUGUUACACAAAGCCCGACUCUCUAUGUCACACAGCCCGACUCUCUGUGUCGCACAAAACCCAACUCUCUAUGUCACACAAACCCAGCUCUUUGUCACACAAAGCCCAAUGUAAUGUAUUUGAGAAAAACCUUAGGAUCAAAACGAAUAAACAGUAAUGGCGGA